AUGGGUAAAAACGACAAGAAAGGCAGCGACAAGCCGGCGGCCAAGGGCAAGGCCGGCGGCGACAAGGAGGCCGGCGGCGGUAAAUCCAAGGGCGCGCAGUCCAUCAACGUUCGCCAUAUUCUGUGUGAGAAGCAUGCCAAAAAGGAGGAGGCUUUGGCCAAGCUCAACGAAGGCGUCAAGUUUGACGAGGUCGCUCGCACCUACUCCGAGGACAAGGCGAGGCAAGGGGGCUCUCUUGGGUGGAAGAGCAAGGGGAGCUUGGAUCCCACGUUCGAGGAGGUUGCCUUUGCGCUCGAGCCAAGCACGACCAACAGCCCCAAGAUUGGCGAGGCCAAAACGGGGUUCGGAUAUCACAUUAUCAUGGUCGAGGGGCGCAAGUAG